AAAGCCAACAAGAUCCAAUCUUAACGGCUAAGAUAAAUUACUACACGGAUCGCCAACGUGGCAAUACGUGGUAUAUACAUACACGUCGUUCUUUCCUCAUUUUAAGCAAAUCGUAAACCGCCACAAAACCGAAAAAAACACUAAUUGUGCUUUCCCUUUAGAUUCAUUUGUAUUUUCUUUUGGAGCUUUUGAACAAUGGAGUCAUCACAAGCAACGACGAAGCCAACGAGAGGAGCAGGAGGAAGGAAAGGUGGAGAUAGGAAGAAGAGUGUUAGUAAAUCUGUUAAAGCUGGUCUUCAAUUUCCCGUUGGUCGUAUCGCUCGUUACUUGAAGAAAGGUCGGUACGCUCUCCGAUACGGUUCCGGUGCUCCGGUUUACCUCGCCGCCGUUCUCGAAUACCUAGCCGCCGAGGUACUUGAGCUAGCUGGGAACGCAGCGAGAGAUAAUAAGAAGAACAGGAUAAACCCUAGGCAUCUAUGUUUAGCGAUAAGGAACGAUGAGGAAUUGGGGAGAUUGCUUCAUGGAGUUACUAUUGCUAGUGGUGGUGUUCUUCCAAACAUUAAUCCAGUUCUUCUUCCUAAGAAAUCAACAGCUUCUUCUUCUCAAGCGGAGAAAGCUUCUGCUACCAAAUCUCCUAAGAAGGCUUGAUAAAGAAUAGUAUCGAUGUUGCUUUUUGGUUAUAUUCGGAUCUUAGAUGAAGAAGAAGAAGAAGAAGAAACAACUUGUUUUUUGUUUUAGAGGAUUUGUGUAGGUAUCUGAAAUCUUCUUCUCUUUGUUUUGGUUUGUCUUAUGUAAAAACCAUGGGAAGAUGAUUAUGUUUGUUAACGCAAUUUGUAAUGGAAAAUAAUUAAGUUCUGGGAUUAGUAACUUCAUCUGUCUAAUUAAUUUCUGGGUUUCGUACUUGUUGAUUUAAACAAUUUAGGUGGAUUAAUUGAAAUGGUUUUGG